AUGAGCUCUAUCGGUGGAGUAGCGAUGCAGAGUGGAAGAGAGUCUUCACGGCGAGGAACGAGGGAAGACGACACAUGGAGAUUCACGACAAAGGAUGGUCGGACCUCUUCUUCCUCCUCAAAACUGCUCUACGAUGGCAGGAUGGCAACAGAUCCUGGAUCACCAUCUCCGUUCGGCACGCGUCGUCCAUGUUCACCGGAGAUUUUUUGUUCUGGCGAGUUUAUGCAGUUCUUGGACGGCGGCUGUCGUGUUCUACGAUUAGAGAUUAGGGUUUUUCUUUGGCUCCGAUUUAGAUCGGUUAAGUAAAACCUAGUCGGUUUUGUAAUAGAUGGUUUAGUUAGGUUAGAUGUUAGUGGAUUGGGCCUUAAUAAGAAAAUGUGUGGCCUAAAUCCGGAAAUAGUUCAAUGGACCUUUUAUUUAUAAAAUUUGCAUACCCUUUAAUAAAGGGAAAAAAAAAAAAAACAAUACUAGCUACUCGAAACUAUCUAUGCUGCAUUACAGGAUUAGGUGGAGGGACAAACAUUCUAAGGAUCAAUACUUUUUUUUUUUUUUUUGAUAACCCAGGUUUCCUGUCACUAGCCGACAGAGCAGGGUUCCACGUGUUAGCUAUCGGCGGCGAGCCGACAGAGCAGG